AUACAUUUGAGCUUUAUAUUGUUGCGUUUAUUGGCACAAUACCAUUGAGUUUUAUUUAUGAAAAAUGACCGAGCGCAAACCGCCAAGCUGUACAAAAAGACGAGAAUGGGGUUAUAUGAACUAUGUACUAGUUAAAAAGGAAAACGAUUGGUAUCUGGGAAGGAUUAAAGACCUCAGAGACGACGAAUUCUUCGUCGAUCUCGUAUCCCGGUCGGUAAUCGCGUGCUGGAUCCAUUCGCGUCACAUUUGGCUCUAUGAUCCUCUCCAAUAUUCCUCUCACAAGAACGGGGUUUCCGUUCAAGUUGCCGUUCGACAGGGCGACGAUGGCCCGUACGCUUUUCGACCCGGCACACUGUUCAAACCGUCUUCUUCUUCCUUUAAUUAUGUUAUUAUGGGCAAUCAUAACCAAUCCGGAUUGCAGAGAUACGACAUCCUUCCCUGGUCCCGGAUGAUUAUUAACCGCCUGCCUUCACCGGACGCGGCGCCGAUCUACAGCAUGUCGUCACCGGUGUGGGUCAAACGCGUCGUACCCUUUGACCGAGCCUACCUAAUCCAGACUGAACUACACCGUCUUGAACCGUGCUUCGCGUAUGGGGUGCCGCGUGAUAGGGAUUCUGAGAGCGCUCGCUAUACAAGUAGCUUCAUAGCCCGAUAUAAGGAAAAAGGAAGGUACGUACGCGUCGACAACGAUACAGUGACGUUUAUUUUCUUGGGGCAGCACAGAGUUGAGCCACGAGACGCGGUACUAUGGCAAGAGCGAGCCUUGCUCGCCGGUUGUAAACGACAUUGCGUGGAGUGGGGAGGCACUGCUCCAUCGCCGACACCCGACGCCCGCGUCUACUUCGAAGCUGUAGAUUUGGAUACUGGGCACAUAGGCAGCCUCCCGCUUCCGAUUCUGGAAGACAUCCUUGGGCGCCUGGAUCUGCCUUCUCGAUUUUCUGUCAAAAGAGUCUGCGCUUUGUGGCAGGAUGUUCUUGAGAAGCCUUCAACAAACCGGCAUCUUCUCAUCGAUGCACGCACACUGCAGGUCCAAGCGGUAGCAACCACGUUUCGUGCUCCUGGGUGCUGGAAAUGGGAAUACUUAUUAGUCGUGCUCUUGGAAGAAUCCAUUACGAUUCUAACUCGAACCAUCACCUACAUCUGUCAGUCCGGCGAUAAGGACAGCCACCGCUUCUUAACACACAUUGUGCACUUACUUAGCCUUAAGGCAACCAAAUUAGACACAAUCCUCAUCAAAGACGGUGAACUUUCGAUAGACAUUUGGCAAGCCCACCGUAUUCGUUCGCAGUUCAUGAUUCACUGGACCAGCAGCAGCUAUCUGGACGAGUUUCGCCCACUUUGUCAACAUCUGAUCGUCGUUAACUGUACACUUUGCGGCGUGCUAGAGAGCCCUAACCGCUCAAGUCAAUUAUCAUGUGACCCCGUUUAUUCUAAAAUGGGCGUCGUGAGGCACGACCCGCUUAUGAAUGCCGAACUCUCCCUGAAAGCCGUGGUAUCCUGGCUAGUUAUUGGCUGCAGUGAUUCCAAGUCUCAGAUGCUUCGCACUAUAUUGUUAGCCAGCGAGAAGAGUUUCCCUCCUGUCGAGCAAAUCGUUUCUGCUCGAUGUGCGGCCGUUCAUAAGCGGAUGCUGACGACCUUGACGUAUCCCGACGAUUGGAAGGGGAUUCGGACUCUCCUGCAGAUAUACAACGGAUUCUGGCCGGAUGGAUCUACGCGAAACUGGGACGAUGUGGAUUUACGGGAUUUGGAUAUCUCGUGCCUAACCAACAUGACCCUGCGCGUACUGGAUGCCGUUUUCCGACUGUGAAACACAACGCUCGCGCCGGCGUGCAGAAUGUACGAAUGAGCAUUAGUAUACAACUGUUAAAAGGAACUCGCUGACACACUUGCUGUGUUGCACACUGUUAUAUGAUGAUAAGCUAGAGGCUUUUUUCUCUAGAGGAACUUGCCACGCUACUCUAGUGUUUUAACGACUCAGUAUUUCUGUUCAAUGGAAAGUGUCAUGCGUUCGUUAGAGUGCGCUCAUACUU